AUGUAUUUAUAUCAGGAGGAAAUGUCUGAACAGCACUACACGAUGGCAUCGGCGCCAUUAGAGUGCGUGAACGUGAUUAAUGAACAAGCGCUCACUUUUACCAACAUGGUGCGAGGGCUGUUUGGUUCGGCCAUCGCGCUGGACAGACAGUGCCAUCAAUACUUUAAAGCAACUAUGGUGAAUCCUAUUUACAAAGUAAACCCCAUGGUUGCGAUGACCGACUUGGUAUCGUCGGCCGUGUUUAGGCUAAUCAGAGUAUUGGGCAACGAGCUAGGUCAUGGCGCGGCCAACCUGUUUAAUAAUCUAAUUGGUCACCCUAACUACACGAUGUCAUCGGCGCCAUUAGAGUGCGUGAAAGUGAUUAAUGAACAGGCGCUCACAUUUAGCAACAUGAUGCGAGGGCUAUUCGGUUGGACCAUCUCGCUGGACAAACAGUGUCAACAGUACUUCAAAGCGACCAUGGUGAAUCCCAUUUACAAAGUAAACCCCAUGGUUGCGCUGACCCACUUGGUAUCGUCGGCCGCGUUCAGAGUGUUGGGCAACGAGCUAGGUCAUGGCGUGGCCAACAUGUUCAAUCGUAUCGCUUGGGCCGACAAAAUGCUGGCAACCAGUGCCAUUAUUUUUUAUUUUAAAGAUAAAAAGCUGGACCCGGUGCUGUUCGCCGGCACUGUGCGGCUCAAUAUGGAUCCGUCCGGUCAUUACGGGGACAACUGUUUGUGGAAAGCGUUAGACGCCGUGUGUCUUAAGGAGCGGGUGAUGUCAAUGGCCGGCGCUCUGGACGCCCGGGUUUCUGAAGGGGGCGACAAUUUUAGUGUCGGUCAGCGCCAGUUGCUAUGUCUGGCCCGGGCUUUACUCCGACACAAUCGCGUACUAGUGUUGGACGAGCCGACCGCUAAUGUAGACCCCGGGACAGACGAAUUGAUCCAGGACACAAUCAAAAGUAGGUUUGCCACGUGCACAAUGUUAACUAUAGUUCACCGGUUGCAGACUAUUAUGGACUCGGAUCGGGUACUGGUGCUCGACUCGGGCCGUGCGGUCGAGGUUGACGAGCCGUACGUUUUGUUGGCUGACGAGAGCGGACUGUUUUCGGGUUUGGUUCGCACGACCGGCACAGGUAUGGCUCGGAAACUGACAGAAAUGGCAAAAAUAGCUUAUAAUAAACGUCAUAAUACGGACACCGAUGUGGCCGACAAUGAGCGGCGACUAUCUAAUGAUAAGAUUGCAUACGAGGGCACAGAUAUAUACGAUAAGGAC